UGUGCCAGCAGCAGCACCACCAGAAGCGCUAGCAUCACCACCACUAGUGGGAGACUCACGCGCGAUCAGGCUGGUGGACGGCAUCUGGGGAAUAGCUUCACCUUCUGGAGUGAUAAGACGCUGCUCACAGCCGCGGUGACGCCCUUCGGAGCUUCCACCAGCACGAGUGGUGUGCUCCUUUCCGUGGCCGGUGUCGUGUGACUAACGUAAACUCGUGUUAGGUAUCGUCACGCUAUCCCAUCAGGGCGAUUGAACUCCUUUCCGAGAGUGAUGGUCUCCGCCUUGCCUGCUACGGCCACUCCAGCAUCCCAGAAGUGUAUUUAGACUUUGCCGAAACCCUCACCUUCACUGUCGUGUUCUCUGACGCUAGAAGUUGUGAUCUGCUAAUCAUUCCUGCCUUAUUACUGCCCACCGUCAGUGUUCACCGGCUGCACCAACAGCCUGAGGCUCCCACAGUAUUGCAGCUCCCUGCGUGAAAACUCACAGUUGUGGUCUUGCCUGCGCGUCUAGCCUCCCUUACGUUCUCUUAAAAAGUGCCUCAAGCCAAAGUUGCCAUCCGUAUAGCAAAGUGUCAAAGUUGCCAUCCGUAUAGAAGUGUGUCAAAGGCAUAGCCAAAAGCUUAAAUUUGGUGGUACUGUUGGAAUCUGUUAGUGUUAUUGAAGGAAAAUGGACACGAUGGUACAGGUACGGGAAAAUAAGUUGGGUGGUACUCACAGAAGCUAAGUUCAAUGUUGCUAACAGAAGCUAAGAUCAGUGAUAUUAACAGAAGCUAUGUCCAAUGGUAAUAACGGAAGAUAAGUUCAGUGGUGAUAACAGGAAUAAAGUUCAGUGGUACUGAAGGUUGAAGAGCGAAUCUGUAUUAAUAAAUCCUAAGCUUAGUGAUGAAACAUACGUCCAAUACAAAUAACAAGAGAUAAUGUAUUAAACUGAAGAGAGAUACGCCAUAUUAACUCAAGUUCAGUGUUGCAGAAAGGAAACUUCAAAAUAUGUUGAUAGUGCAUAAAGAUUUAGUGUAAAAGUACCACAAGAAGCUGAAGUCUCUAAGUUAUCUCACGACCUGAUUACAUCAGCUGCAUGAAACUCUGAUACUCGGUGUACUGUAAUGUUUCUAAGGGCAGAUGUGGGCGUCCUAUAUGUGUGUACUGAGCACAUCUUCAGGCGGCGUCCCUGGCAGUAGCAUCAAGUGAUAGCUGCAGUGAUUACUUGUAAAUAUCACAUGUUCAAUUAGAUCCAAAUGGCCAUGAGGAUGUACUGAACCCACACAUAAAAUUCUGAUUUCAAUGAAUGGCCAAUGAGAGUGCGACACCUUGACGGUUCUCUUGAAAGACGAGGAAAAAUAUCAGAAUUCUAGUUCUGUGUUAGUGGAAUUUGUGACCUGUAUAACUAGGUCAGUGGAAUACAAUACCUGCUAUUGGCAUGCUUCCAUGUGUAUAUGUGAACGUUCAUAAAAGUAGCUGUGACUAGAGUCUGUUCUCAUAAGGUUCUUGCCUCGUUUCACGUGAAAACAGUGACCUGUGGGACGCGUGUGGGCAGAGCACCAGGUGGGCGUAGGGUCAGGUGGAGGGGGCGUGUCGCUGUUGCAGCGGGGGCCUGUGAUUGGAUGAGGGCGGGGCCUGGUAGUUGGAGCGACCAGUGGCUGGUGGCAGUGUAGCGAGAGGCUGGGAGUCGCGCACCCGUGGUACCGCAGUGAGAUCAAUGGCAACAGACUCACACGCGAACUAGGCCCAUCACACUCAGGCCUGCACGUCCCACGCCCCACAAUAACAACUUUCAGUGGGCAUCACGACGUCGACGGUGCCAGGCUGUGGUGGCAGUGGCUCUUCCCGGGACUCUAUUACCCUUAUUUCAACGACCCUUCAAGCCUUAACAGAGAAUCAUUAGGCCUUAUAAAUGUUUGUGACCUUGAGUGCUACAACCUCGAAUGUGAUCUGACGUGACCUAUAUUUGAGACAAGUGCUAAGAGUGUUGUGUUGUUGUGUGAGUUAGCAUGAUGUCUUAUUAGUGCUCGUGGCAUCACCUCUUCCCUCUAGCUGGUAUCUCCCCUCCCGGCUACAUUCCUCCAGUGUCAAUGUGAGUCUUCCCUCUCAGCAAAAAUAUACCUGGUCCACACAGGAAAAUAUAUGCAGUGUUUUCGGACCAAAAGAAGUGAAGAUAAUAUAUAAAAUAUGGUGCUUGAUCUCCAGUUGUAGUGCGUGAGAUGUGUAGAUUAUGCAAAGCAGUCAUGGCUUUCUGCUAACCCUUCUACGUUUGCAUUAGCAUCUUCAAAAUCAAAAAAACGUCAUAUUUAAGAGUUUUUAAUUACAAUUGGAAUUAAUUUCUAUUAAUCCCUAAUAAAUGGCUUUCUCUGAUCGACAACGAGAACGCCAGUUCACACGUUGUCACAGAUGACGUGCUUUUUCUGGGACAAAAAAAAUUCUUAAGUUAAUGUGGAAGCCAAGACUGAGCUUCGCGUAGGGCUGAGAUCCCCGGCACCAGGCGUGGAGCAGCACAGCCCACUGCUCGCCUGCAAAAUUCAGUGAAUGAAAAUUAAUUUGGUUAGUGCGGCCACGAUAUAACCGUCAAGAUGUUGGAUAUCUUCCGCGGCCUCAAGAACUUUAUCAAAGUUUCCCACGUACAUAUUGACUCAUCUGUGUUCCGUCUCCACUACUCCAUAACGGUGAUGAUUCUCUUGGCCUUCAGCCUCAUCGUAACGACACGUCAGUACGUCGGGAAUCCCAUAGACUGUAUCCACGCUAAGGAGAUCCCAGAGGAUGUAAUCAACACCUACUGUUGGAUCCACUCCACAUACACCAUCCCCUCGGCCUUUAAUAAGAGACUGGGAAUCGACGUAGCGCAUCCGGGGAUAGAGAAAUCCCAAGACGAGGAAGAGAAACGUUACGUCAAGUAUUACCAGUGGGUGUGUUUCUGCCUCUUCUUCCAGGCAAUCUGCUUCUAUGCGCCGAGGUGGAUGUGGAAAAAUUGGGAAGGUGGGAAAAUCCACGCCUUGAUGAUGGAUCUGGACGUGGGUAUCUGCUCCGAGGUGGAGAAGAAACAGAAGAAGAAACUGCUACUAGACUACCUCGCCGACAACCUCAAGCACCACAACUGGUGGGCUUAUAGAUACUUCUUCUGUGAGCUACUCGCCUUUCUCAACGUCGUAGGUAAGGAAUAUUGCUACUUCUGGUUUGGACCUAUUUUCUUCCCUUUCCCUGACUCCUUAGGCUACAGCCUCCCUUCGGGAUCCUCAAAAAGGGCACAAUACCGAUCAGGUGAGACGCAGCAGAUGACGGGAAUAUUCCCAGGCAGGGGUGGAUCUGCUGUGAAGAUAAUGCAGCUUAAGCUUCAGGACCCCUAA